GAACAUCGCCGUCUUCCAUAAAGGCGCUGGUGCAGGUGCUCUGUCUCUUCGGGGAGGAUGCCAUAGGAAGGACGGGCAGGGGAAAGAAUGAAGGAAAACGCUGAGAUAGGACAGCACAGGAUAUGAUAAGCAGGGUAUCAGAUUGGAAACGGUGCGGUGCGAGGAAAUUGAAUAUGAAAGAUUUAUUGAAAGGGGCACUUUGAGCUAUUAUUCCUGGUUGGCAGUAGUACUAUGAUUUGGUAUGUGGCCACUUUGAUAGCAAGUGUUUUUAGCACCCGAGGAACGGCAGCUCAAGGUGCCCACGGAGUGAGAGAGGAGCCCCAGUUUGAGACGGCCCGUGUAGGAGAGAGCGUUGUUCUGGGAUGUGACGUGAGCCACCCCCUCAACGGCCAGCAGACUCCCUAUGUGGUGGAGUGGUUCAAAUUCGGUGUGCCUAUCCCCUUCUUCAUCAACUUCCGUUUCUACCCUCCUCAUGUGGACCCUGAGUACGCUGGUAGAGCCACUCUGCAUGGCAAAGCGUCUCUGCAGAUCGACCAGGUACGCUCGGAGGACCAGGGCUGGUACGAGUGCAGGGUGCUCAUGCUGGAGCAGCAGUACGACACCUUUCACAACGGUAGCUGGGUUCACCUCACGGUCAACGCGCCCCCUACGUUCACGGACACGCCACCGCAGUAUGUGGAGGCGAGGGAGGGCGGCAGCAUUACUCUGACCUGCACUGCCUUAGGAAACCCUAAGCCGGUGGUCACCUGGCUGAGAGAGGGAGAUCAGCUGACCAGCAACAGGAAAUACACGGUGAGUGAUGGUAUUCUGACGGUGCAGGCCAUUGCACGGGAGGACCGGGGAGCCUACAGCUGCCGCGCCCAUAGUGACCAGGGAGAGGCGGUACACACCACCCGCCUUCUGGUGCAAGGUCCUCCCUACAUCGUGUCACCACCUGAAAACAUCACUGUUAACAUAUCCCAGAAUGCCCAAUUUACGUGCCAAGCAGAGGCGUAUCCUGGCAACCUGACCUACACCUGGUUCUGGGAGGAGGACAAUGUCUACUUCAAGAAUGAUCUGAAGCUCCGCGUUCGCAUCUUUAUCGAUGGAACCCUCAUCAUCUACAGAGUGAAGCCGGAGGAUGCUGGGAAAUACACCUGCAGUCCCAGUAACAGUCUGGGCAUCUCCCCCUCCGCCUCGGCGUAUCUGACCGUGCAAUACCCCGCCCGUGUUCUGAACAUGCCACCUGUCAUCUACGUCCCAAGAAAAUUGCCCGGAAUCAUUCGCUGCCCGGUGGACGCCAACCCCCCGGUUAUAUCAGUCAGAUGGGAGAAGGAUGGAUACCCCCUAAGAAUCGAGAAGUAUCCUGGAUGGAGCCAAAUGGCGGACGGAAGCAUUCGGGUGGCAGAGGUCACUGAAGACUCCCUUGGCACCUACACCUGUGUGCCUUACAAUGUCCUAGGUACCAUGGGACAGUCCCCUCCGGCCACUCUGGUGCUAAAGGACCCCCCUUACUUCAACGUGAGGCCCGGUGGGGAAUAUCGUCAGGAGGCAGGGAGAGAGCUGGUCAUCCCCUGCGCUGCUUCUGGAGAUCCUGAGAUUCCAACCAUCGUAUGGAGAAAGGUCGGGAAGCCUAGCAGAAGCAAGCAUAACCUCUUACCAAGUGGUAGCUUACAGUUUGUGUCUCUGAGCAAAGAGGAUCAUGGGGAGUGGGAAUGUGUCGCCACCAACGUAGUAACAAGCAUCACUGCCAGCACACACCUUUUUGUAAUAGGCACGAGUCCACAUGCGCCAAAUAACGUCCAUGUGUCAGCAUCCACGAGCUCUGCUAACGUUUCCUGGGAACCUGGAUAUGACGGAGGCUUUGAACAGACAUUUUCCGUCUGGUACGGCCCGGUGAAGAUAAAAAAUGAUUUAGGGCCUCAUGAUUGGCUGUCCAUACCUGUGCCUGGCUCUCAGACGUGGUUGGUGGUGCAGGGGUUGGAGCCAAAGACUGCCUAUCAAUUCAGUGUGUUGGCCCAGAACAAGCUGGGCACUGGCCCCUUCAGUGAGGUAGUCACUGUGACUACAGGAGGGUAUCCUAUAAGUACCCCUGAACCACUGGUGCUUCUAACUCCACCACGAUGCCUCACAGCCAACCGGACACAGCAGGGUGUAUUGUUGACAUGGCUUCCUCCAGCCAAUCACUCUUCACCGAUCGACCGUUACAUCAUCGAGUUCCGUCUGGGAGAAAGGUGGGAGGUUCUGGACGACUUGAUUCCCGCAACCGAGACUGAGAUCAUAGCACGGGACCUCAUUCAGGACUCUUGGUAUGAAUUCCGAGCGCUUGCUGUAAUGGACGAUCUUGUCAGUGAGAGCAGUAAUGUGGUGGGGGUGUCAAGUACAGACCCCUUCCCUCCCACAGAGAUCUCAGAUGAGGGGCUGGCCAGGCCAGUGGUGGCCGGAAUCGUAGCCACCAUCUGUUUCUUGGCUGCUGCCAUCCUCUUUAGCACGCUCGCGGCGUGCUUCGUCAACAAGCAGCAUCGGCGCAAGCUUAAACGCAAGCGAGACCCUCCGCUAUCGAUUACUCACACAAGGAAAAGCAUUGAAUCUCCGCCUCCUCUUACCCCCUUGCCUGGCAUUCAGCCCUACUGGGAAGAGCCAGACAGGAGCAGCUACAGACCCCCAUCCACCAGCCCUCAGCUGUCCUCCGGGAAGAUCAGCCCCGAGAGCAUCACCUCUUCCCGUCCCCCAUCUUUGGCCAGCGUAGGUGGUCCCGGCCUUUACGUGAAGAAGUUGCCAAGCCCCAGGAAAGAGAAAGAGCUUUCACUCUAUAAGAAAACCAAGCGAGCAAUAACCAGUAAGAAGUACAGCGUGUCCAAGCAUGAGGCCGAGGUCACCACACCCAUCGAGCUGAUCAGCCGCGGACCUGACGGCCGCUUCAUCAUGGACCCCUGUGACAUUGACGCGUCCCUCAAGCCCCGGCGCAUUGAGGGUUUUCCCUUUGUGGAGGAAUCAGACUUGUAUCCCGAGUUCCGCCAGUCAGACGAGGAGAAUGAUGACCCCGGGCCCCUACCCCCUGUCAUGGCCACCCUCAGGCCCCAGAUAUCCCCCGUGUCCUCCAGCCAGGAGUCCUACAUGCAGCCCCCAGCCUACAGUCCCCGGUUCCAGAGGCCUAUGGAAGGUAUGAGCAUCUCGGAGGGUAGUCGGCUUCAGGCCACAGGGCAGAGCCGGGUCUCCCAUUUUCACAGGGUCUUCCCUCCAGGCCCCUUCUAUGGCUAUCUAGGUAGUGGCGCUGAGGUGGAGCUUCACCCUCCGUUUUACAUGCCUGAUGUUAGCCCACGUAGCUCUGCCAUGUCCUCCUCACCAUCAUACCCCCCCGAGGGGCCGUUCCGCCAUCCCACCAUCCCAGAGGAGAGGGAGGAGCUGAGGAUCCAUCAGUUCGGCACUUCCGGCCACGCCCUCCCACUGGUGCAUAGCCCUCCCUCCUCUCGCUCGACCGAGACCUGGCAGCCUCCUGACUUCCCCUUUCUAGGUCAGGAGGGUCCUCGUCUCGCUCUUCCACCUCGCCAUUCCUCAUAUCUUCACCGGGACCUCCCCGAGCCCCCACCAUACCCCUCCCAUAGUCGCACUCUUGGCACAACCUCUCAGCUCCCUUCAAGCUCUGCUUUCCUCCAGCUGGAGGCCCCUAGAGCCCACCUUAGCAGAACUCCCGGCAGGUUCCCGCCUCAGGGCCCUUCAGCCAAGCAUAUAACUAUGCAACAGGCCCAGACUCUGGGGCAGUUGAGACACACUGCCCAUGGUAUGGGCGUACCAGUGUUGCCUUACCCAGGCGCCACGGCCCGCAUGGGGAGCCCAAGCACACUGCACAGCGAGAGCUCAGACGGCUGGAGGUCCGAGGCCCAGCCUUGGCUGAGCCCCAGGGCGGCGCGCAGGAUGGAACUCGGCCUGCAGCAGGUGGUCCUGCAGCCGUCGCGACUUUCCCCGCUCACCCAGACCCCUCCCAGCUCACACGCCGGCUCUCCAGACAUCCUCGUCCGCCCUCCUCCCCGUCCCAGCAUCCUGCGGCCUUCCCGCUCUCAAGAGAUGCCCGAGAGCGCCCGUCACCCCGCCAGUGUCUCCUUCUCCCGGAGGUCUCUUUCCUCUUCCCCUGCCAGUUCACCCACCCAAGGCCAGAGCGGCCAGCGGCCCAGCCUCAGCUAUCGCACACACAUGGCCUUUGCCACAGCAGCGGCCAGCUACCCCUCCCAGUCCCCUUCGCCCUCUGCAGAGAGCAGUGAUGCUUUCGGCCAGAUGCCAUCUCAGAGAAGGACCGAUGAGGAGAUGCUCCCCUCAGAACCCUCUCCAGGGGAGCAUCUAGGUGCAGUGAGAGCCCCUGCAGGGUCUGAGAGCUUUGAAGCACUGAUUUAUUAUUGUAUUAGUAAAGCCAAGAAAUCAACAGCCAACAAGAACAACAACUCCAGAUUCAAGAAAAGGACAGAUGCGUCCUCCUCUCAGACCCAGCAGUCGCAUGCAUCUCAGGCCUUUGAGCAACGAGAACGUCUCAGCUCUCCCUCAAAGAAAAAGUGGAAAAGUCCACUCAGAAAGUCCCAAUGUCUCCAUAUGUCCCCUCUGCUGCGUUGGCUUCACCCCAGAGAAGACAGGAAAUCACUUCUGGCCAGUAUGGACCCAGUCCUCUCAAACUAUGGCUCUCUGCUCUGAAAGCCUUGAAAACCUUGGGGCGGCUCAUCUUCUUGUCCAUUAGCAAAAAUGUUCAAUGGACACACUAUCAGUACUGUUUUGUAAUCAGCCGAAACUAGAUACGAUUUAUUAUCUUCUCCGUUUGGCACAAUAUCCUACACAUAUCUGUAUUUUCUGUACAUUUACACAAAGGAUUAACGUUACAGGGGUGUUCUUUUCGAAGAAAUAGGAAAAGGACAGGAAAGGCUUUGUUUCGUAAAAAAAUAGAUUUCCAAUGUUAGGAAAAAUCCUGCUGGCCACUUUAGGUUUUGUUAAACGUCAAAAUUGUGUAUAUUGUGAAGGAUAGAGAGUUUAAUACUCUGUACAAGUAUGUCCUCAAGACGUGAUAGUUACUACAGGGUUUCUUUUCUUCCUUCUACAAAAUAUUCCUCAAAAAGAUAAAGAAAGAAGUAAUCUGGCACAUAUUUCAGCACUUCUACCAUGUUUUGUGCAAGCUAACAAUUAGUUUUAAAUGGCAUAUGUUGUCUGUUUGUGGCAAAGCUUCAACAGUAUUAAAAAACAUAAAGGGGUUUCAUGUAAGCUAAGAAAGUUUAAAUCAUAUUUUCCUUAAUAAGCUAUUCAACAUGAAAUGUAAAGCACAGCAUAACAUUGAAAAGCUAUUUUUAUGCAGCUGACAUGAAGCCAGUUUUGAAUUCCAAGUGAAGGCAGGUAGAUGAGAAAACAUUAAUUUAUGUUUAUUGUUUAUUGUUCCAUAUUUAUUACAUUUUGCUCUCUUUGGACAGCUUUGAGGCACUUUUUAUCAAUUUAACAACGUGACAGCUUAGGUGGUUGGAGGUAGAAUAAUAUUAGCACCCUGCUGCAAAAAAGAUUCAGAUUCACCUUCAUGCUUUUUGACAUGUUCAGAUGACAUAAUUACAAAUGUAAAGUGCUAAAGUAGAAUUAUUUGGUCCUUGUCUUGCACAAAUGUAGUUAGAAGUGGUGAAAUCCAUUAUUAAUCUUUCUGUAACUUCCUUGAGGAUAAAUGAUCGUUUGACAUGUUGCUUUAGAUAUACACAAAGGAAGUACAGUAGAUAUUGUGCAGACUAAUAUCGUAUAACAUAGCAAAGUGAAAUAAUCCUUACUUUAAUCAGUGGAAAAAGAAAUGACCAGUCUUUUUAGUUACUUUCUACGUACAAAAGUGAACCUCCAAAAGUAGCUAGACUGUGCUCUUUUUUUAAAAAACAAUUUGCAAGUAGAUUGUAUUGUAAUCUUUAGUAUUUGUCAUCCAUCACAGCUCAUCGGACAUAGCAAAGUUUGUGUUAUUUCAAUUACUAAUGGUGAGUCAAGUAUUUUCAGAAGGACGUCUAUUGAGUUCACUAACAGCUGCUGAUCUGCUACCUACAGUAAAAGCUAACCGGGCUGUGUAUAUGCUAGUUUAGUUGAACCGAUGGUGAAUGUAUGGUUUGCUCCUAGAAAUCAGAUUUAUCUGAAGACUUACAGUACAGUUAAUGUGAUGUUUCUCUCUGUUUUAGCUCCUUUAGACACCUGUGCAAAUGAACUUUCUCCAAACAUUUAUGGGAUUUUUGUGGGAAAAUAUAGUAAUACGGUACAGUGUUGUAGGAAAUCGAAUGAAAUGUCAUGCGGUACUUGAAUCAGGUGCACAAACACACAUACUUCUGUGCAUAGAGAUUCACGGAGAAGCCAUUUUAUUGACUACAAGAAAAAAACAUAGGUUGAGUUUAGAGGAUUUGAAUUGUUUACUUUCGUUACUCCCUCUUAUUUUAUGUAGCCAUUUUACUAAAUACAGUAGGAAUACUCAAACCUCUCACAGAAUAUUUAAGCUAGGCUAUUCUCUAUUGCUUUUUUACCCCCAUAUGGUGCGUACCAAUUCGUAAGGCUGCUAGUAAGGCGUAGUCUCCUCGAGGAGAGAGAGGCUGUGGCAAUUUUUAGAAAAUCUUGAUUACAGUACCUGCCUUUAGCUGUCAGGAAAGAAGUACUGAACCUUUGCUACACGUCCUGCAGGAACCCAUUACUGAAUAAGUCCUACAAAAACCACAUAAUGUUUACAUGAUCUAGAAAUAACGUGCUAAGAUGUAGGCACAUCGUACACAUUAUGACUUGGUGCUAUGUCUUUUUCAACUCGUGGUGCUGUGGUUCAGAGGUUAACACAAACCGUCCUCUGUCUUUAACUAACUAAACUAGCUCUGUUGUGAUUUCCUUCAUUGAGUUCUGGUGAGUAGGACUGCAAGCAAUAAAACCUCUCUCCAAGGAACGGUCCUGUGCGCUUACCAUGGAAAUGGAAAAGGUGGAAUUUACAGUUCAGCUUUGACAUACAAAUUUGAAACGUGCUUACAUUAUUAAGUGAUCAUUUGCUGAAUAUCAACAAACACACAAAAUAUUCAUAUAUGGAAAGAUUUAUAAAGUGAUAGAAUUUGCUAGUCUUGAUGCGGCAGCGUAUCAAUGUAUAAUUUAUGAAGUAUGAUACUAAUGUUUUCAUUUAGCAUGGAAAGGACCUGUUUGAAAGACGGUCUGGCGCCUCAAGCGGCAACGUUUUUGUUUUAUAGUGUUUCUUUUGGACACAGUUGCAGUGACGCAUCCCGGCAUAAAUCUGUCAGUCUGAUUUAAGAUGGAGUGUUGCUGUAUAUCUGCGGAUGGUGAUUGACAGUGUAUUUUAUCCAGAACCCCUCGUCUCUGGAAGGAGAACUCAACUGAUAUUUCUCUUGUUAAAUAUACGCGAUUGUACAGGGAGACAUGCCCCCUUUUUCUUGGUAGAGACAAGACUAAAGGGCCAUUCACACAGGGCGUGUUCUUGCGCACUUCUGCAUUGUUUUUGAUCGCAAGAACGCGUCCUGUGUGAACGGUCCCUAAAAGGGCACAUUUGCAGGAAUUGUCAUAUCAUCUCUUUGAUUGCCUGUAUUUAAUUAUUGUGCUUACUACUUAUGGUGCUUUUGUGAAACUUUUUUAUUUUCAAAUUAUUUUAUCGUUUGAACAGAACUAACCUUACACGAGAGAGUUUGACCUGUUUGUCAUGUUUUAGAUAAAGUGCAUCUUUCUGUUCUUUAUUCUUUGCUGUUCAUAUUAACCAGCACUGAAAACUUAGAAUGUAAUUCUGCAUUAUGCACUAAUUUACGACUGUUUUAACAUUAAACCUCAUACUUAGAGCUUAUUGGAAGCAUAUUUCAAACAGCAUUUUUGUGCUUUUUACUGCUUUUAAAAUUGUGUUGUACAUUGUUUACAGAUUAUAUUAUCUGAAGAUGUGUUCUGGGCAAACAUGUUUUUCAUCUUGACAUCCAAAAUGCAAUGUAUAAGAGACUGUUCUUAUUUGAAGAAAAAAAAUCAUAAAAUAGAUUUUUUAUUUCAGAAUUAUUGGAUUGAAUGAUUGAAUGACUUGAUUGGAGGCUUCUUUGUUAAGUAAUCUGAUUUAUUUCAGGUAUUAUUCUUAAACAGUAUGGUGCUGUACCAAAGCCUUAUGUAAAAUACUAUGAUGUAUUGUUUGAUUAAUCUGCCACUGCUAAAGAAUUCUCCAAGAAAUUGUUAGACAAAACUGAUUAUGAUGCACAGUGCAGUGUGCCUCUAUUUUAUUGUCCUGGAUUAAUACGUAAAAGUAUUUUUCAUGGACGUCCAGUGUCUCUACAUACUCAGAUGUUAAAGAUAUGGUGCCUGGUGUGUCUUCAUGCUGCUAGGAGUAAAUGUUAAUAAUGUUUCCUAUCUGUUCAACCACCAUCUGAAUUGUGACAUUGACCUCCACAAUAACACAGUUGGACACCUUGAUUCAGCAUCUUGAUAGUUAAAGGGAACAACCCUGCAUUAAGCAAUGGCAUUUUUAGAAUAAAGGAAAAUUCUGUUGG